GACUUUCGAAGUGUGCAAACGCUGACGCCUAUUUUGAAAAUUCGAACAGGAACGAACGAAAGGAAAGCCAGAAUCCUGUGACAGUGUGGGAGUUGAAAUGGCGCCUAAUGUUGUAGCUUAUCUAUUUUAUAUGCUGCGAGAUCUGUACGAACUGCACAAAGAUCCACGCGUAGCACAUUUACCGCUCACUGGCAAUUUGUGGAGUGUGGCUUUCGUUAUCGUCGUUUAUUUGGCAUUUGUACUAUAUUUUGGGCCCAAAUGGAUGGAAAAGCGGCGACCCUUUGAACUGAAACUUGUGAUGCAGCUAUACAACGUUAUUCAGGUUGUGGCAAAUUCAAUCAUAUUUGUCUACGGGAUUACCUACACCUUAUUCCAACCUGAGUUCAGCUUUAUCUGCCAGCCUGUCGAACAUCUCAAUAGAACGCCGCAAAUGAUGCACUUGCUGUAUGCCUCUUACGGCUACUAUAUUCUCAAAUAUCUAGAUCUCCUAGAUACUGUCUUCAUAGUAUUGCGCAAGAAGAACUCCCAGGUGAGCUUUCUACAUGUAUAUCACCACGCUGGCAUGGUCUUCGGUGUUUCGAUCUUUAUGACCUUCUUAGCGGGCUCUCAUUGCACUAUGCUUGGCUUGAUCAACCUCCUGGUGCACUCUGUAAUGUACGCCUACUACUUUGCCACCUCACUGGGGGCAUUGAAACAGAUGCUAUGGUGGAAGCGGUAUAUCACGCAGCUGCAGCUGGUUCAGUUCGGCUACUUAUCACUGCACUUUUUACUUGUGAUCGUUCGCAAUCCUUGUCAAUUUCCUGUCUUCAUCGCGUUUAUCGGCUUUAUUCAGAACGUCUUCAUGUUUGCACUAUUCUUCGACUUUUAUUACAAAACCUACGUACGCAAAGCUCGCAAGCAACGGCUACAAAAAACGUCAACGGACGGAGUAACUGGGGCAAAUAUAAAAGCGAAACUAAGUUGAGUUACACAACAAGAAGUAGAAGCUUAUGAUUUAAGUUCUUUGUGUAUGUAAAUUGUGAAAUAUGAAUAAACAUUUCGACUGACCUUGCCAAACACUAA